AUGAACAAAGAGUACACCGAGGUCAGUCCCUAUGAUCCCUCCGUCGACACCUACACCACCACCCUGUCCGGGGUGAAGGCCGAGUUCGACUCCAAGCACAAGAAGUGUCGUUACGUCCGCAAAGAUGGCAAGUGCAAUGUCCUGUUCCGCCAUGUUCCUGAGGAGUGCCUCAUGUACGUCACAGACAUCUUCACCACGCUGGUGGAGAUCAGGUGGCGUGUCAUGUUCCUCAUCUUCGCCCUCUCCUACAUCUUCUCCUGGCUCUUCUUCGGCAUCCUCUAUUGGGUGAUUGCCAUAGCUAACGGAGACAUGAAGGACCCUAAUAAUGCCCCCUGUGUGUACGAGGUGAGGGACUUCACUGGGGCAUUCCUCUUCUCACUGGAGACCCAGACCACGAUCGGUUAUGGUUUUAGAGGGAUGUCGGAGAACUGCAUGGUGGCCAUCAUCAUUGUGACAGUGCAGGACGUCAUCAGCUGUUUUAUUGAUACGUUUAUCAUCGGUAUUGCUGUGGCGAAGAUGGCAUCGGCACGGAAACGGGCGCAGACGGUGGGCUUCAGCAACUGCGCCGUCAUUAACUUGCAAAACAGGCAGUUGUGCCUGUCUUGGAGGAUCGGGGACUUCCGCCGGCACCACAUGGUGGAGGGGAAGGCCCGCGCCCAAAUCUUCCGCCCCAACAUGCACGCCACGGGCAGGGAGGACGUCCACUACAAGGACCUGGAAAUCAAACAGAGUGAUAUCAUUUUAGCGAUACCAACCACCAUCUUCCACAUUAUUGAGCCCAGUAGUCCACUCUACCGCAUAAGCCUAGAGGAGCUUCGGAAAGACGACUUUGAGCUAGUGGUGUCCUUCACCUACACAGACGACUCGACGGGCAUCCUGCACCAGACCCGCACCUCCUACACGCCCGACGAGAUCCACUGGGGACAUCUGUUCCAAGAGAUGCUGAAUGUAAACCGGAGAUACUACAAGGUAGACUACUCCAUGUUCCACCAAACUACUAAGGUCCUGGUUCCGGAGGUCAGUGCGGAGGAGUACGAGCAAAAAGGUUUUGGUGUUCCCCACGUCACUCCCCGUGCCCCAAAUGCCCAUGCAUUAAUCGCAAACCCCCGACUGGUGAAUGGCACCCUAGAACCUGAGGUACAUGUAGCCACGGUUGCUACUAUCGCACCAGUUUGCGACGAUCACGGACAUUUGUGUCUUCUAAGGAACCCCAUUCUGACAUGACGAUGCCAACACAAUUUCAUUGAAGCUGGCCAAUGGCCAUUCAGAAACAAAUGAACUCAAGGACAAUUUGAUAAUUUCUGCACAGGCAACAGUAAGAGCAGGCAGGCAUUUUGUGCAGGCUGGCAUGGUGGUGUGUUCUUAGUGGAAUUUGCUUGCAGGAAGUAACCCCCCCCCCCCCCCCCCCCCCCCCCCUCCCCUCACACACACACACACAAAAACUUGGAAACUUCUGCUGUCAUGUUGCUUGCAUUAAAAGUAUCUAUGGUGGAGUCACAAUAUAAUACAAACAAUAUUACAAUGUCUGCUCCUCAAUAUGAUAAAUAGGCUACUGAAAUCAAAGAGAAAAUGAAUAAAAAUAAGAUAAUCAUGAUUUUUGGGAGAGGUUAUGGUAACUUUAUACUGUUAUCUACAACAGAAAGUACUGUAUAGAGACUAAUUUAUUUUAAGAAUAUGUUUUGAGGUGUUAUUUUGUGAGAGCGUUGUAAAAUACCCGUUGACUUAUUCCACAUUUUGUUGUGUUACAGCCUGAAUUCAAAAUGGAUUAAAGAAAACAAUUCUUGCCCAUCUACACACAAUACCCCAUAAUGUCAAAGUGAAAACAUGUUUUUAGAAAUGUUUGCAACUUUAUUUGAAAUGAAAUACAAAAAUAUCUCAUUUACAUAAGUAUUCACACCCCUGAGUCAAUACAUGUUAAAAUCACCUUUGGCUGCGAUUACAGCUGUGAGUCUUUCUGGGUAAGUCUAUAAGAGCUUGCACACCUUAUUGUACAAUAUUUGCACAUUUUUAUUUUAUUUAUUCUUCAAGCUCUGUCAAGUUGGUUGUUGAUCAUUGCUACACAGCCAUUUCAAAUCUUGCCAUAGAUUUCCAAGCCGAUUUAAGUCAAAACUGUAACUAGUCCACAAAGGAACAUUCAAUGUCAUCUUGGUAAACAACUCCAGUGUAUAUUUGGCUGUGUUUUAGGUUAUUGUCCUGCCGAAAGGUGAAUUUGUCUCCCAGUGUCUUUUGGAAAGCAGACUGAACCAGGUUUUCCUCUAGGAUUUUAUCUGUGCUCUAUUCCGUUUCUUUUUAUCCUAAAAAAACUCCCUAGUCAUUGCCGAUGACAAGCAUACCCAUAACAUGAUGCAGCCACCAACAUGCUUGAAAAUAUGAAGAGUGGUACUCAGUGAUGUGUUGUGUUGGAUUUGUCCCAAACAUAAUGCUUUGUAUUCAGGACACAUUUUUUAUUGCAAACAUGAUACAUGUUUUGAAAUAGUUGUAUCCUGUACAGGCUUUCUUCUUUUCACUCUGUCAUUUAGGUUAGUAUUGUGGAGUAACUACAAUGAUGUUGAUCCAUCCUCAGUUUUCUCCUAUCACAGCCAUUAAACUCUGUAACUGUUUUACAGUCUCCAUUGCCCUCAUGGUGAAAUCCCUGAGCGGUUUCCUUCCUCUCCGGCAACUGAGUUAGGAAGGAUGCCUGUAUCUUUGUAGUGAAUGGGUAUAUUGAUACACCAUCCAAAGUGUAAUUAAUAACUUCACCAUGCUCAAAGGGAUAUUCAAUGUCUGCUUUUUUGUAUUUUUACCUAUCUACCAAUAGAUGCCCUUCUUUGCGAAGCAUUUGAAAACUUCCCUGGUCUUUGAGGUGGUCAUUCAGAAAUCAUGUUAAACACUAUUAUUGCACACAGAGUGAGCCCAUGCAACUUAUUAUGUGACUUGUUAAGCAACUUUUUUACUCCUGAACUUAUUUAGGCUUGCCAUAACAAAGGGGUUGAACACUUUUUGAUUCAAGACAAUUCAGCUUUUCAUUUUUAAUUAAUUUGUAAACAUUUUUAGAAACAUAAUUCCACUUUGACAUUAUGGGGUAUUGUGUGUAGUGACACAAAAUCUAAAUUUAAUUCAUUUUAAAUUCAGACUGUAACAGAAAAUGUGGAACAAGUCAAGGAGUGUGAAUACUCUCUGACAGCACUGUAUGUGAGUAUGCUGAACACAAUGACGUACCAACACAUUCCAGAAAUGUUGAGGACAGCAGAAUAAAGUGUUUUGCUUGUUGUGUGGUUAGUUUAAAACUACUUUUGUACAUACGCUGUGUUUAAUACACAUUUACGUCUGUUGCAUUUAUACACUGAUCAUUAAAAUAUCUCCCCUAUUCACUACACAGCAAAUUGGCCAGUGUUAAUUAGUGUUGAUUUUUCAGUGUACCAUUUCUAGUGUUGAUUCAGGAGUUAAAUUAACUAUGUAAGCGUUCAAUUAAAACUCAGUGGUGUGAAAUAAUCCCAGUGUUGGUGUUAAUAACCAGAGAUGAACCAAAACCACAUCCAUCAUUAUCAUAUUUACCAGCAUGCUCUAUUGCAGAAUGAUUUUUAUAAUUGUUUGUUUCAAUAUCUAUGUUUGUGCAUGUACAUUGAUUGAUUAAUUAAUCUUAUGCUACUCAAAUAUAAAUAACAUUUUUCUAAACUAAUUCAAUCUGUAACUUAGAUUUAUUGCACCUGUUACUGAAAUGGUUGUUCCAGUUUAGAUGCUUUAGGUAGUCUCAUAGAUGCUCUAGAUGCUUUAGGUAGUCAUUCUAAAUGCGGGUUGCAGGUGAAUAAAAAUAACAAAUGUUGGAUAUCCCCACUCUGGCUGCAUUCAAAUUCGCAAGCCAGCAUAAUGUGACAUGCAUUCCUAAUGUGGAUUGUAAACCAUGAGUUUCAGGCCAUUGUAUUAGGGAAAACUAGGCCCUCAAAAUAAAGCCUUUUGAAAUAUGUAUUGUCUUAAAAAUCAAAUUUGAAUGAUAACAUAUUUGCUCAGGACGUCACUUGGUGAAAGCCACAGGACUGAAAAUGAAUGAAUGCAACAACCAUGUCUCUGUCACUAACAAAUAUAUUAAUGGGUGGUAACUCUACAUUUCACUCGAAAGGCACACUGGGAAAUACGCAAAUAAGGCUUUACACUAAGCAGUGUGUUAAUUUAAACUGAAAAGUGUGGACCUGUAUAGACUCUGGAAAAGUGUUAAAUGUAACACUCUGUUGAUUCAAUACUGGAGUAUUUGCUGUGUACUAUUUUUAUUUGUACUAGAUGUAGAUGUACUGAAGGUGGGGGUGUUUUGUUGUUUGUUUCAUCAUUGACAAAUCAAUCAUCAGUGUAUCAUGAGUGACUAAAUGUAAAUGUUAUUGAAUAUGCAGAAAGUAGUAAUAAUCAUGACUCAUGUUACUUUGUCUCUUAAUAUGUUACUAUAAAAUCAUCAGUAUUAGUUAACUUGGAAUUAGGUGGGUAUAUUUUUAUUUAGGGACAUAUUGUGGUCACUGCAGUGUAAACACCUGUUAGACUGGCAUGCCUCUUUCCACUGGACCCACACUACAGCCCAAUACCCUGAAGCCCAAUACCUGGCAUUUACAGUACCCACCUCCAUGUCAUUGGUGGCAGUGCAGCACCUGGCAUCUGAUGUAUCUGGUCCAUGUCUGUAAGAACAAAGGAGAGGAAUGACAAGGGAACUUUGGUGUGAAGAAAGCAGAUCACACUGUCUCUGCAUGUGAAUUUCAGUUGCUUUGAUUUUACAGGGAUGUUUAAAGCCAUAAUGUCAUUAAGGCAGUAUAAUGUGUUUUAAAAAUCGAUGAUAUUGUCCAAGACAUACAACACAUGUGGUGUAACUUCUAAAGCAGUUACUGUAACUACACUGUCAUGAUGGCUCAUAUACAGCAAGCUGAACAUUGAGAUUGAUAGGCCUACUUACCCAAUAUCAUAGGACAAUCAUAUGAGAGGUCAUAGGGCACACACAUGGAGUGGAUGAAAGUUGAUGGACAUCUCUCCAUGUUGCUCACUCAUACUUUCUCCCCACAGCUUCACAGGAGAGCUCGUGUGUGGACCAAUCAUGUUCCAAUAUCAGUCUCUUGCUCUCCGCCUUGUGGCCGAGAGCAGCAUUACCGUUUGUCAUUGGGCAUGAAAAGCAAACAUAUGGUGAGCGCCGAUGGCCAACUCAGAACUCACACAGCAUGUUCGGGUAGCUAAAUAUAUGACCUGCUAUUAAUAGAGCCACUGACAUGUAGCACAAAUAAGCAGUUCAAAGUGUGCAGAAAAGGAGGUAGGCUAUGGGUCAGAGCUUAUCAUUAGUAAGCAUCCUGCUCUCAUGGCAUCCAACUGAAACAGCUGUGGAGCGAGACAGACAGAUCUUGACCUAAAAUUAAACUUUUGAUGCAUAAACAUCCUCAGAACUUUUAUAGUGGAGGAAGAUAACCAAAAUAUAACAUUGGAAGUUAGAACAACUUUUUCCUACAAAAUACAUUUGCAUUUUACCAUAGGCUAUAGACACCAUGGAAAUAUCCUAGAUAAACAGAUAAAGAAUAAUGUAUAUUUAAGCAUAUUUUUUAAGUAGGCCUAAGUAUAUUUUAUUGAGAGGGGCAAAUGUAGGGGAAUAUCUUCAGGUGGGAUAACUGUUUCAGCCUGUGUUUAGGUAAUGGGCACUUUUGAAGCCAACAGAGCGAUAAAAAGUUUGAUUCAUUUUAAUAAUUUCUAACAACUCUUUACUCUUGGACAGUAACCUAACAGUAUUGCCUGAACAUUGGUGAGCAUUUUGGAGAGUUUUAUAACUUGUCCCCGCGGGGGGUUUAGACUAUAAAAAGAUACCCUUUGGGGGAAAUUAUGUUCCUGUGUCCAGCCUAAAAUGACCCCCCUCCCACCCUCUCCAAACCCCUGACAUGUCUCCCCAAACACCACGUUCAGUCCGUAGUCUAUGAAUUUUCACACACGUUUCAUACAGCUGAGUAAAUUUAUCAACCGACUAUAUGAGCGCGUUUUCCUCUCUGUAAUACUAUUGGCUGGGUAUGGACCAGAAGGCGGAGCAUGCCGGUAUACGCUAUUUAAAUUGCUCUGGCGAACUAUUUGCUAAGCACAUUAUCAAGACCAGUCAUUUCAGUGACAUGAGGGGGUUUCGGUUAUUGCUGUCAUCACAACAAGGCAACUACUUAAAAACAGUAACAAACGCUUUGAAAAGUGUGGAUACCAGAGAACAUAACUUCUGGAAUAUAAUUUCAACUAUCCGUUGAUUUUGUUCCGGUCUACAAAUGAGCAACUGGUAGGUUUAAAAACCUCUUUCUAGCAAUUUGUAUCAAACUUAUUGGGAAGUUGAUGAUGCUGAAUGCAUGACAUGGAAGAAUACUGGUGUCUAUUACAUAACUAUUAGCCAACUCAAUAGACUACGGUUUAUUUUAUUUUAUCUCUAGGCCUAUUUGAAAAGCGUGGAACAGUGGCGCUUGGAGUGCGAGCACUUGAAUGGAUGCGCGGCGCGGGGGGAGUUGGGAUACGGGCGAUUUACACGACAAAGUCAUACCCACUGUGGCUGGUAGCUUGCAGAGAAUAUAACUGCUAUUCAUCGUUUAUAAUUUUAAAUCAUUUUAUAAAACUAUUGAAACCCAAAACAACACGUUUAAGUGCGAUAAACAUGUCAUGUUUAUGCUUGGGCUGAUUCAUACAUGUAUGAUGCAAUAGGCUACACUUCUUACAAAUAUAGGCUAAAACAAAAAAAAUUACAUUUGCCAUGCAAUGAGUGCAAGUCAUAGGCCCCUAUUAUCCAUGUAAACAUAUAUGCAUGUAGGCCUACAGUUAUAACUUGUCUGAAUUGAAUGUUUGAAAGACGCAGUUGGUUCCAUUUUUUAGGGCGCACCUGUUCGCAUUUGUUGUUGGCAUAUGCCGCAUUUCGAGUGCCGCUUGGAGCCUGGCUGUGGAGACAUAUUUUAUUGUAUGCUAAAAAGGUCGUCAUAAAUUAGAUAUUGUAAAAAAAAAAAAAUUGUAGUCGCAGACGUAGCUCUGUAACAUUUGCAAGACAUCCCUAAGGCGCCCGUGAACGACUGUGCGCUGGCAGUAGAUCAGGGUUACCAUAAAUUCUGUUUCUGCAGAAAAACUUCAACCAUAACAUUGUUUCCAGUGAAUGUUGGCACUAUUUAUCAAUCUCUCAGAUUAGGCCAGUCCAGGAGUAUUGAUUCAAUCAAAGAUCAGAGGGAUUCAAUUUUCCACAAAGCAUAAUUAUCCAACUGAUUAAAAAGGGUCUGUAAUAGAAUAAUAGACAGUUAUACUUUUCCAUUCUGUUAUCAUGGUGCCAUAGAAACAGAUAGGAAAAUCGCUGUUUAGCAUCUAUUGAUGUUCUGAAAAGCCAAUACAAAAUUAAGGGUCCUCUCAACCCACAAAAUCUAAAUAAACAGGAAACAAAACAAAACAUAGCCAUAUCAAUUUCUAUAAAAUUUCGACACAAAAUGUCCUAUUAAUCAAGUAUUGUGUAAACCAGACAGUCAUCCUAAUUGAUAUUAAUUGAGGAGAGGUUGUAAUGCUGACUGACUUUGCAUGUCUCAUUACUGAUUACUGCCAACAAUGCAUAAUUCCCCAAAUUCCCCAAAUAGUGCCCAAGUUUGAUGACAGAGUUGCUCUUGACUCCACUCACCACCUAUAUGCUAUUUUAGAUCAAAUUUAAAUAUUUUAGUACUAAUUCUAGGAGCUGAUAUCACACUUUAAAGAUAGAAUCCUUAAUAGUGAAAUGUCCACGUCCGUUUGCGAUAUUACAACAAGAAAGAGGUUACCGCAAACAACGAAAACAUUUUUUUUUUCUCCCUCAGACAAUCAUUGCAAGCAUUAUAGAACAGAAGCAUAUGUACAGCUUUUUUUUUUUACCUUGAUGCACAACGCUCCCCAGCUCUGCUUCGUCAACAAAACAAUGGGGCGGACAGUGGCGCUGUUUCCACUACUGAGGAUUCCAUCUUUAAACUCAUUUUACAACUUACAAACAUGAAAGGAAAUAUCUGAAGGCAGUCUACACACUAGAUACAUGUUUGUAAAUUGACUUAAGAGAGACUGUAAUCUAAUCAUAGCUACACAUCUCUGAUGGGUUUACUCUGAGUGAAAGUAAUUAUAUUUGGCGAUUUUAAGUAUUGCAAGGGAACACAAAGAAAAAAUAUAUAUUUUCCUAACGCCCUCACGUCCCUUUUCAUCAUUGACUCUCAUAUCAUCAAAUCUCCCAAAAGUCUUUACUAAAUUCAAUACAUUUCUUGGAAAUGAAAGACCCCAACCAAACAUAACACAAGAGUUCACAAUGUUCAUUGCAACCAUGGUUGGUUGCUAGCACAGUGAGGUCUAGGACAUGUGUAACAGAGUAGACCCAGGCAGGAAGGUGUUACAGUAGUGUCAGAGUCAGAACCCUCACAGGACCGCCAUUUUGCUGCUGAGAGAAGAUGAAGUCCCGGAGGACUCUGUGAGUCAACAAGCUACGUUGAUGCCCUCAAAUGCACCCAUGAGCAAGAGAAAGAGAGAUACUGUGUACACUUUUAUGUUCACAUUCCCCCAUAAAACAAAUAUAUGUUUCAUAUUCAUUUAUGCACAUUAUAAUACGUAUAUGUACAGUAUGCAUCUAUGCAUGUAGGCCUAUAUGAAUGUAUGUAUGGGUCCUUGUUUAAUUUUAAGUAUCACUAAUCGGAAAGUCUCCACAAACAUUUGUGUAAUUAAGUCAUACAGCAAAUGGAAUAACUGUUAUUUUUGUACCACUAAUACCCCAUUAAAAACACCUCAUUACGACCUGAAAACACCAAGCUUGAGCCUUAAAAUGUUUUCAGAACCCUAAUAAUUGACAUUAAAAAAAUAGCUAGUUUGGUCGGUUGGCCCAAAGAUGUGGUACAGUCAUCUUUCCAGAGUUGUGAUCAGGCCACAAGUGUCCGGUCUGAAGCGUGAAGUCACAAGCUCUGCUGGUCAGCUACUGCAUAGCAACCUAACGGUGCCAAAAGCCCUGGUCUGCCCUAGAAAGCCUAUGUAAAUUACGAUCGCACAGCCAAUCAAUAAAAAAUGUUUACAGACGUUUUGGCCUCUAAAAUUAGUUUAUUAUGAUCAAGUUAAAUCCCCACGGUGAAUUAUUUUAAAGUUCGCUACAAAUCGAGAUAUUUAAUUAAAUAGUGAUCCAUUCUGACUACUACAUUUGUUGUCACACAGGACCACGUGCUGACACAGACCAAUCACUGGCUGGCAGGCUACGAGGAGGUUCGCGCCCUCAUGCACACACUUUACACGUGCGCCUAAGGGGGUGUGAUGUGCUAUCCAGAUGAGAGUGUAGAGUCAACGAGCCUCUCAAGUGGAGAUGGAGGGGCUAACCAAUGACUAUGGGGCUUUCGUUAUUGAUGCCGAAGUCAUCUAGCAGCGUUGGGUUGACUCUCUCAUGCAGGAUGAAAACGACUACAUCGACCAUGAUCCAUUGUUACUUACGUCCACUUUGACCAUGAUCCUUAGCAAUAUAUAUAUUUUUUGCCAUUCAGCCCCAUUCAGCAAUAUGGCACGCUUCAAAUUCAAAUACUUCUAGCUUCAUGAGCCAACGGGAGUUUUCAAUUGGAAUACGUGGAUGACGUCAGCGCUAUAACUAUCUACUGGUUUUAAUGUCUAUGGUUGUGAUUAGCAAGGUAUGUGAAAAUGGACAUUAAGAAUGCACCAGUGAGCAAUGAGGCAGGAGGAUUGGUGCAUGCACCGUGCAAUGUGACAAACAGGCUGGUGUGGCAGACAGUAAGACCGUCUUCACAGUAGGGUUGUCACUAUAAAAGUAUUGCGAUACUCAGAGGUAUCGUGGCAAGGAAACAAAACAUUAAGAGGACAACAUUUCCUGAGGAAAACGUCCUAAUGUUGGAAACGGGCAGCCUUAUGUGUCACCCAGAAUCACAUGUUUAUUUUCCAAGCUAUAGCACACAAUAUGUUACAUACAGUAGGUUUCUUAAAGGACCAAAGAGUUUUAUCCAUGAAAUAUUUGGUAUCGUAGUAUUGCGAUACUGGUAUUGUGACAACCUUACUAUCGUGACAACCCUACUUCACAGAGUGGAAGUGACGGGCCUACUUGACAGGUGACGGGCCUACUGACAACCCUAUUUCACAGAGUGGAAGUGACGGGCCUACUUGACAGGUGACGGGCCUACUGACAACCCUAUUUCACAGAGUGGAAGUGACGGGCCUACUUGACAGGUGACGGGCCUACUGACAACCCUAUUUCACAGAGUGGAAGUGACGGGCCUACUUGACAGGUGACGGGCCUACUGACAACCCUAUUUCACAGAGUGGAAGUGACGGGCCUACUUGACAGGUGACGGGCCUACUGACAACCGCACUUCACAGAGUGGAAGUGACGGGCCUACUUGACAGGUGACGGGCCUACUGACAACCCUAUUUCACAGAGUGGAAGUGACGGGCCUACUUGACAGGUGACAGGCCUACUUGUAAAGCAAUAUUAAACUGAAGGCAAUCGUUCAUUUUCUGCUUUAACAAGACUUAUUUCCUCUUCCAUGUUGCAACAAAUGUCUGAUGUGCUGGUAAAUAUAAAAUAUUGAAAGUGAUAUGUGCAUCCGAGGAUGAUCAGUCGUCAGUUAACAGUAACGGUAGUUCAAGAACUUGAAAAACAGAGUCAGAAGAAACAGAGUCCAUGGGAUCCCGUAGAAACACCGUAACCCACAAUCCAACAAGAAAUUAUCUUGUCGACACUCUGUGGCCAACAAAAACAAGUAUGCUUUGUGAAUGACCAUCAGUGGGACCUUACUCCUGUUACUCUGUGACCUCUCUCAGUAGAGAGUGGAAAAGUCAGGAUUGGGGUUGAAUACAGCUGUUAUUUUAUCAUAACUGAAUGAAAUGUUGGCAUGAGGAGACGUGCUUAAUCUUGCCCUUGGGUAUACAGUAUUUGAUGGUUUUCUCAGGCUGCGCACACUACAGAGAAAUGGAUGGGAUAAUGAAAUAAUAAUCCAUGACAGUUGGUGACUAUUUCAUGUACAGAGUUCAGAUUGGAAGCUGUUACCUUUUAAAUAAGGACAUUGGGUUCAUAUCGCUUUUAUCAUGACUCGUAUCAUUAUUAAUUGAUUUUUACCUCUGUAUCCGUUCUUUGACACCGUCAGUAGGUCUAACACCUUUCUCUCUAUCUAUUUUUCCCUCAGCAUACGUCAUUGCUGAGGUCCGGCCGCCCGAUGAGAGAGCACUGAUCAACUCAUCAUCCUCAGCCCUGCGGAUACCAGAGGCCGUCGAGGACCGAGAGAGAGAGAGGCUCUGUCUCCUCCUCCCUCUGUCCCCCUGUCCGCCUCACUUCACCACCCCAUUUCCUGCUUGAGUUGGUCCCCCUUAGAGUUUCAAAACUGUUUCUCCAACGCUUUUUCCAAAAACUCAGACUGUUUUCCAAAGCAGAAGCAGCGCCGCAGCCCUCCCACCAGAACGAGGUGAUGGGAAGUGUGCGAGCCAACCGCUACAGCAUAGUGUCAUCCGAGGAGAACGGCAUGAAGUUGGCCACCGUGGCGGUGCCCAACGGGUACGGGAACGGCAAGGGCAAGGUGCACACGAGGCACCAGCCCCAGAGCCGCUUCGUCAAGAAGGAUGGUCACUGCAAUGUACAGUUCAUCAAUGUCUCUGAGAAGGGCCAGCGCUAUCUCGCCGACAUCUUCACGACAUGCGUGGACAUCCGCUGGCGGUGGAUGUUCGUCAUCUUCUGCCUGGCGUUCCUCCUGUCGUGGCUGUUCUUCGGCUGUGUCUUCUGGCUGGUCGCCAUCUUCCACGGGGACCUGGAGAACGACGCCCAGAAGUGCGUCUCCAACGUGAGCAGUUUUACCGCAGCCUUCCUCUUCUCCAUCGAGACCCAGACCACCAUCGGCUACGGCUACC